CACUUGCUCCGUGUAGAACUCCCACGCUCUCUGAUCAACAAUGGCGACUUCUCUAUCCCGCAAUCUUCUUCACGCCAACCCCACCUCCCUCAGUAACCACUUCUCUCCCCGUACAUCUCUGUUUCCGGACAACACGACCAUCAGCUUUUCGUCGAGGUCCUCUGCCGGAGUCGCCGCGAAAGCUGUCUCCAGGACUGACGAGAGCUCGCUCUCCGCCGUAAUCUCGACGCGCGAGGGGGAGAGGAACGGGUUAAUCAACGAAACCGCCGCCGCCGUCGGAGAACGAUGGAUGACGGCGGAGGAGAUUCGCCGGCGGCACCGUAAGGCGGAGGAUGAGAAGAAGCUGAAGGACACGUGGCGGGAGGUCCACGGAGAGGACGAUUGGGUCGGGUUACUGGAUCCGAUGGAUCCGGUUCUCAGAUCAGAAUUGAUCCGUUACGGUGAACUGGCUCAAACCUGCUACGAUGCCUUCGAUUUCGAUCCCUUCUCCAGAUAUUGUGGGAGCUGCAGAUUCGCGCGCCACAAGUUCUUCGAAUCCCUAGGGUUGGCGGAUUCUGGCUACACGGUGGCGCGUUACAUAUACGCGACCUCCAAUAUCAACCUCCCGAACUUCUUCAAGCGAUCGCGGUGGCCAAAGGUGUGGAGCAAGAACGCGAACUGGAUGGGUUACGUCGCCGUCUCCGACGACGACACCUCCCGCAACCGCCUAGGCCGCCGAGACAUCGCCAUCGCGUGGAGAGGGACCGUAACGCGCCUCGAGUGGAUCGCCGACCUGAUGGAUUACCUCAAACCGGUCGCCGGAAACAACCUCCGGUGCCCCGACCCGGCCGUGAAGGUCGAGUCGGGGUUCCUCGAUCUCUAUACGGACAAAGAUGAAGCGUGCAACUUCUCCAAAUUCUCGGCGCGUGAGCAGAUCCUGACUGAGGUGAAACGACUGGUCGAGACGUACGGGGACGACAAGGACGAGGAGCUGAGCAUUACGGUGACGGGCCACAGUCUGGGCGGGGCGUUGGCGAUACUGAGCGCGUACGAUGUGGCAGAGAUGGGUUUGAACCGGACACGGUCGGGUCGGGUGGUGCCGGUGACGGUGAUGACGUACGCAGGGCCGAGAGUGGGGAACGUGAGGUUCAAGGAGAGGAUGGAGGAGUUGGGGGUGAAGGUGAUGAGGGUGGUGAACGUCCAUGACGUGGUACCCAAGUCACCGGGGCUAUUCCUGAACGAGCGCGCGCCUCGAUCGCUAAUGAAGAUGGCCGAGAAUCUCCUCCCAUGGUGUUACUGCCAUGUGGGCGUGGAGGUGGCUCUCGAUCACCAGAACUCGCCAUUCCUAAAACCUUCGGUUGAUCCUUCGAAUGCUCAUAACUUGGAGGCUCUGUUGCAUCUCCUUGAUGGGUAUCAUGGGAAAGGCCAGAGAUUUGUGUUGGCGAGUGGGAGGGAUCCAGCAUUGGUGAAUAAAGCGUCGGACUUUUUGAAAGACCAUUUCAUGGUUCCACCGUUUUGGAGACAAGACGCAAACAAGGGAAUGGUGAUGAACCACGAGGGACGUUGGAUUCAAUCCGAACGCCCUCGAAUCGAAGAUCAUCACCCUCCCGACAUCCAUCUCCAUCUCUCCCAGCUCAGCCUUCUCCGUCCCUAACUCACCCCCCCCCAGAGAACUUGGAUCCACCUCAUCCGGUGCUUAUCAUCUGUUCAUCCGCUUUCAUGUGAAGCCGGUUUUAGAUUCUUACAUAGUGACCGAGUCACGUAUCAAUGGGAGAAAUACACGUGAUCUUUUUUUUUUUGGGAGGGUAAGGGGCUAAGGUAUUGAAAUGGUGGGCGAGAAUCUCAUAUCAGUGGGAGAAGGAAGCUUCAUCUAUCAAUGACUCCUGUAUUCUUAGGGUUUAUCAUGCAUGUACAUGUAUAUAUAUGUGAUGUAUCUAUAAUGUUUAGUUAUCCAUCAUCUGCGACAUGAAUGAUGAUUCGUUCAUACUUUGUAAGUGUAGGAACGAUCCAAUCGCCACAUGUUAUUGUAAUUAUAGCCAUUGCUCAAUAA